AUGAUAAGCGUGUUAAAUGUGAUCGAAGUGAUGGCAUCCCGUGCACCAAGUGUCGAAUUGCCGGACGUCAUUGUGAGCCGAUCAUCUCACGACGUGGACGAACAACAGCAGGAACCGUGUUUCCCAGCUCUGGGCCCCAAUGGAAAAACGCCAUAUAUUGGAGAUAGCUCUAACUUGAACUACCUGGUCCAACAAUUUGGGAAUCCCUUCCGCGGUACGACAGAUAUUCGGCCACUUGAGGACAGCUUGCAAGGGGCAAUGCUGGCCCGGUUGGGAAAGCCGACAGAACAAGAGAUUAGAAGAGUUCAAUCAUCUACUACCGAGAGACUUCAGGAAGAGGGAGCUUUUGAUCUACCUCCACCGGAGAUCAGCGAGAAGCUUCUCGACGCCUACUUCUUUCACUCGCUUGCGUCGUUACCCGUCAUUGACAGACCACGAUUGCUUGAAUCUAUUUACCAGGGCACAGCUUCAAACUUGCUUUUGAACGCUAUCUACCUUGCUUCUACUAUCUAUUGUUCAGACGAAACUAUAGCUGAUGCUGGGUUUGUGUCUCGAUAUGUCGCUAGCCUAACAUUCUACCGCAGAGCGAAAUCCCUUUAUGAUGCCGGCUACGAAAACGAUGCGGUUGCGACUAUUCAAGCGACAUUCCUCAUGUGCUAUUGGUGGAGUGGGAUCUUAGAGCCUAAAGAUACGUGGUAUUGGCUUGGAAUCUCGGUGGGAAUGGCGCAAGCUAUGGGCAUGCACCAAGAGAAGUCAUACAUGCGCCUGGGCGAGACAGACCGGAAAGCAUGGCGGAGAAUAUGGUGGAUGGUUUAUGCCAUGGACGUCAAUUUGUCCAUGCUGUUGGACCGCCCUCCGCGUGUGCAGGGGAGGCUCUGCAAUGUGAGACCUCUAUCGGAGGAUGAUUUUGAAGGACCAACACAAUCUGCCGAUCAAGAAAAUCUGGGUGAAACCUUCAACGCGGCAAAUAACUUCACGAUACAUGCUGUUCAACUGGCUCAGAUAGUGGAUCAAUUCUAUACAAUCAAGUUUGAUGAAACAAAUGCACAAUCUCAAGAUGUUUGUCUGGAGCAGAUUUCACGAUGGCCCUCGUCACUCCCAGCAGAACUGCGAAAUUUGUCGAUGAACAGCAGUCCCUGGGCUAUGAUUACGAAUCUUUUGUACCAGGAAUACCAACUUCUGUUGCACCGAAGCAAUCCUAGAUUCUCGCAUAACACCGGACCAGGCACUCCAACAUUCGAGAUAUGCACGCAGAUGUUUUACAUACUAGAACUCAUCGUCGCCAAUGAUCUCAUAUACCCAGCAGCCGCCAGCAUCGUCGCGCCUGUUCUGUCAAUUCUUUCCAUCCAUAUUGUCAAUAUCCACCGAGGGGAUGCCGGAGUCAAAAUGAUCUCCGAAAACAGAGCGCGCUUCUGUAUGGUAAUACUCGAGAAGUUGCUUGACCGAUUUCCGGUGGUAGCAUCUUUCUACCCCAUUUACGAAGCUCUACUGAAACGAUAUUCCGUGGAUGUUCCUGCGUAUGACAAGGCUGCACCGGGGGUGUCGAAAAUGGGGCAUCGUCCAGACGGCAUGCCCGGUCUACCUGUCGAAGAGGACGACGCUGGAAAUAUUGAGGCAAAUAGCAGCUCGGUCCUGCAAGACAGCUUGAGUGCGACAUUUCCAUUCCCACUUCCAUUUGGAAAUCUGUUUGAGGAGUUCCUACUCAGUUCCCCACCGCCCGAAAGCUAG